AUGCGAUUCAACACGCCGGACAGGAAGUGCAACAAGAUGGCGGCGGGCACGAAGGACAACAUGGCGGACCAGGUCGCGGGCAAAUGGGUACAGAAGGACAAGGCGGCGGACAAGGAACAACGCAUGGAGGUCGUCUCGGUAAACAUGGCGUCGGUAUAA